CUUUAACUUUCGCUGCCUCACUUGAGGGUUCAUCAUCGGAUGACUCUUUUAAAAUCAGAUUCAUAUUACAUUCUCUGUGGACCGUGGAUUGCUUUUUGUAACAUUCAGUCUCUAAAUUGUUCCGGAAAUGGAACCGGGCUUGAAAUGGCAUCCGUUGCCAGCAUUUCCACAUCUCCCGCUUCUCAUGAUUUCACCGCGUUUCGCUUCUUCGUCAUACACUCUUUACGUCACCGACCUUGCCAGCAUAUGGGUAGAGAGCCUUGACCGAAGGGGUAUACUCUUGCGAAGUUUACAAGAGAAUACGAGCAUCGACUUAAGCGACGGCGAUCCCAAUCAAUGGGCUGUCUUCCUCUCCAAGCUCAACACAGCCUUCGAUCCUAUGCAACAAGGACAUCAUAGCACCAGUCUCAAUAUAUCCGCAUCGUCUCCAGAUAGCAGGGAUAAGGGUAGUUUCGCUCUCCAUGUCACAUGUGUACUCCCGGAGCCAUUCAAGCCGCUCAAGUGGCCUAUCUACUUAACAAAAUGCCCUCCUGCCAGCAUCUCCUCGGAGCUUGUCUUACCUCUGAUCCAAACACAUCGUGUACGUACGUUAGAGAUGCAGGAUCUCAUAACGCGUCUCAAGGAAAAGGAUGCUGUCAUCGCAAAGCUAGUUGACAAAUUGGAGGCCAAUCAAACCGGAUUGGAGCAUGUCUUUAAUUCAUUAUCUGGAAAGCGAAAACCUCCUCGCGCAUUGGCUGAGGAAAAGGUCAAAGGUCUCGCCCCGUUUAACGAAACCGAAUGGAAGUCGAGAGCCAAUGCAAGUCAACGGCUUCCCCGGGACGUAUCGUCUCUGAUCCACGAAGCUUUUGCGGAGACUGAAUUGCAACGUGGAAUAGACACCGAGAUCUCCCCUUCCGAACGGCUCAAUGACUGGUGGACUAAGCUUGGCUCUCACGAGAUUGCCGCUAUCAAGCCCCAGAAAGAGUUACCGAAGAGAGCCCAAGACGAGCCUGCGCAGGAUGCCAAGGCAGCCAAGGAGAAGGAUGAUGACGACUUCCAAGUUCAGACUCUUCCACCUCAUCUACAGUCACGUAGGCGAGUACUUGGUUUCUCAACCCCAACCGAAGAUAUCACGGGUGGCGAUGAUACCCAUCCUGCCCCAUCACAGGACAAACCACGUUCCCCAAUUGGCGCCGUCGGUGGAAAGAGUAAGGUCACGACUAAUUCCCUGAGCCAAUCUUCUCAUACAGUCCACGCAGACGGCGACGAAACUCCAUCCGAUUCUGACACAGAACCUGUACAACCACGGUCUCAAGCACGAUCAAACACUCGCUUAGGAACCAUCAGGAAAUCUAAGGGGUCUUCGUCUCCUCUAACAAAAUCUCCUUCAGCUAAACCCUCGCCUCCUCUGCCACCGCCUAGGGAUGACGAUGAAACAGCAUCCGGCUCUGACUCUGGAGAUAAUGACCAGGGACCACCCGUAGUCCGGCCCUCUUCACCAUCACCUGCCCCGGCUCCGCGAAGGAAGGUUGGACUAGGGCGAAUAGGUGGCAAAUCCAAAUCCCGAGUAACCCCUGAGCCGUCUGAAGAACCGAACGUGACAGCUUCCAAAGCGGAGGGCCCCGAAGUCGUUUCAAGCCCGGCGAAAUCCGCUGGGCGAAAGAUUGGAACCAUUGGAAAGAAGCCUGCCACGGAUGCAAAACGACAACGAUCGGGAUCGCCAUCUGUAGCAACAGUAGUAGAGCCCGAGACUGAGGAGCAGAGGACAGAACGCAGACGAGCCGAGCUAGCUAAGGAGCUUGAACGCAAGGCGGCAGCCCCAACGAAGAAGAAAAGAAGGUUUUGAUUCAUAUUUAGGGAUCAAACUCUUGGCGUUCGUAUUGAUACCCAUGUUGUCGUUACUCGAGAUUGAAUGCCACACCUUGCGGCUUCUCAGGCAUAAUUUGAAGCUAUUCUUCGCUAUUUACCUAACCAAAUAUUUCACUGAUACGACCCUAUAUCCCGAGGGAUAGAUAGAAAUUACACGUACAUUUGCUGUCGCUUAUUAUAACUUUUCUGGGUCCAGUCAAACGAGAACCCUUACAGUAGUCAACACCA